AUGUCAUCUCAUCUCCUAGCCUCUGCAACCGCUACUACAUUCGACAAGUAUCUUCUGAGGAAGUACUCUCUCAUGCUCUAUCGUUCUCUUUUAAAAAAGAGUGUGGAUUUCCAUCUCAAGAAUGAGCCUUCUCCAUCCAGAAGUUACCGAGUGAGUUAUUUAAUUCCUGGUGAAGAAUUUAGACAAUAUUUAACUGGAGAAAUUCGGAAACAAUUUAAACAGGCUCAACGAUUAUAUAACGAAGAAAAGAAGACUCCCGAAUGGUUUGAACAGCAACUAAAGGAUGGAUUUAUUUAUUUGAAGGGUUUAGAGAGAGCCUUUGAUGAAGGAUUCAACAUGUCUCAUAAUAAGCGAAAGGCUAUCCGAUUGAGUCCACUUCUUCAUAUUCUCAAGUUAGCAUGUGGAGAGCAUGGAAAUUAUCAUUAUCAUCAAAAAUUGAAAGAGGUGUUCUUAUUGGCUACAUUAAUGACUCAUCAAAAAGUCGAGUCGUCGUCUAUGACCAAACCUACUUUUAAUCCAAAAACAACAGAAAAAGGGGUGAAGCAAAAAGUGACUCAAUAA